AUGGGGCAUCCUCUCCGAUAUUUCCUUGCCGGCUCGUGCACAAUCUUCGCCCUCAGUGCCUAUCUCAACAUCUACUGGGAUCCUCCCACCCAUCCGGGCUCCGUGCGGCUCCGCUCGCUCGCCAACAUCACGGACGCGCGGACCGACCCUGAGAUCUACUGCGGCCGGCGGAGCAUCUCGCGCGGCCCGCACCAGAGGGUCCUCUCCUACAGCCUCUUCGGGGUCUAUAGGAAUUUCCGAGCGGCGGGUCCCUACGAGACGCUCGUGUCCGAAAUCCCGGAAGCCGUCGAUAAAUGGUACCCAGGUAUACCCCCUGGUAUACCCCUAGGGAUACCCCAAGCGGAAAACGGUUGGGUGGUGAGGAUAUACACGAACUACUCGAGGGAGAACGAACAAGUUGCGUCAUGGAUGAAAUCCCUGGAAGACAAAUUCCCCAACCUAGACUUCUGCCACGUGGAAAACCUCCCCGGGAUCGUUGGAGACAUCCAGACGCGUCAGAGCAACGGGAGGGUGUGGCGAUACCUCCCCAUGAUGGACCCCUUCGUCGACACCUUCGUAUCCAGGUCAGGCGCCAUCCAGGUCAGGCGCCAUCCAGGUCAGGCGACGUACAGAUCAGGCGCCGUCCAGGCCAGGCGCCGUCCAGGUCAGGCGCCAGACUCUGAUUCCCCGGUGUCCGAGCGUGAGUCCGCUGCCGUGAAGGAAUGGAUGGAGUCCGGGUAUCUCUUCCACGCGAUGAAGGAUCACCCGGCUCACCACGGUCCUGUCUUCGCGGGUCUUUGGGGCGCGAAGGUGUCGCAGAACCGAAGUUUCGUCCACUAUCUGGGGAGAAAAAUGAUUUUCGAGAGCAAACCCAGCAACGACGAGGGCUUGGAUCAGUAUCUUCUCCAUUACGUCUUGUGGAACGAAGCCAAGGAACACUUCAUGGUGCACGCCAGCUUCACCUGCGACGAAUUCGUCGGCGGAGGGAUGAGACCCUACCCGACCCGUCGGGAAGGAGGCUUCUGGCUCGGCUCUGGUACCCGACACGCUCCGCUAGUGAAGGAGUGCCCACUGAAAUGCAGGCCGAAGGAGCACCCCGACUGGGUCAAUUGCUGAGGUGGAAGCAAGGCUACCUCGUUGAAAUGAGCUAUCAAGCAUUCCCUCUAGGCUGAAAGACCCCAUAAUUCAUUAUGUACCAG